CCGAGGGGUGACCGGUGCCCCGAGCCGCCUGGUCGGUGUCUCCGGGUCUCUCCGCCUUUGGAAGUGGACCCACUGCCCUUUCGGAGGGGAAAAAAGUUUGUUUUCGGCGCGGAGCGACUAAUGAAGAAAAUACAUCCUGCGAAGAGUAAAAGUACUUGAUUCUGGGAAGACUCUUAAAGCACUUCUAACUUCAAAACUGGAGAAAAGUAUGAAGGAAUAGUUCAUCUGACUCCCUCAGCAUCUCACACAAAAUGGCUCUUCAGAAAAAAACUCUUGCUGGUGUCUUGGAGGAGUGGUGUUUGGAAGAACCACUGUUUGGUUGCAGAUGGCACCAGAAUGUUCGGAAAAAACUGAGACUGAUACGAAUUGUAGGGCUUCUUGUCAGUGUAGUGGCCAUUAGUACUUUCUCGCUUUCAGUGAGUGCCUUUUUCAAGAUGGAACCACAUAGCAUGGCACUGAUCAGCAGCCUGGAUAGCCAAAAGCUGGUGCGUGGGCACCAAAGAACUCUGUUGGAUUUCACUGAACAGAAUCAAAGCGGCAGUCCAGACCAACAUGUUUCUCUGAGAUAUGAAGCUGGGCAUGACAAUGAAACAGAUGAUCAUUCGAAGGGAGAGUAUCCCACGGACCUUUUCUCUCUUGAGGAGAGAAGACAGGGAGCAGUGAUCCUCCAUAUAAUUGGAAUGAUUUACAUGUUUAUAGCCUUAGCCAUAGUAUGUGAUGAGUUCUUUGUUCCUUCCUUGACUGUCAUCACUGAAAAACUGGCCAUUUCUGAUGAUGUGGCAGGGGCAACCUUCAUGGCUGCUGGUGGGUCAGCCCCAGAACUCUUCACUUCUUUAAUAGGAGUGUUUAUAUCCCACAGCAAUGUUGGCAUUGGUACAAUAGUGGGAUCUGCCGUGUUCAAUAUCCUAUUUGUUAUUGGAAUGUGUGCUUUAUUUUCUAAAGAGAUCUUGAAUCUUACUUGGUGGCCACUCUUUCGAGAUAUGUCCUUUUACAUCAUUGACUUGAUCUUGCUAAUCAUCUUUUUUCUGGAUAACUUCAUAAUGUGGUGGGAAAGCAUAACGCUCCUGACAGCAUAUUUUUUCUAUGUGACUUUCAUGAAGUUCAAUGUUCAAGUAGAAGAGUGGGUGAAGAAAUUUUUAAACAGGAACAAGGUUGAGAAGGUAACAGCAGAUGCUGAAGGAAAGUCACCUAAUGCUGGAGACAAGGAUGACCAAACACUGACGACCAAGCCACGUCUCCAGCGGGGAGGAAGCUCUGCAUCUCUCCACAACAGUCUAAUGAGGAACAGUAUCUUCCAGCUCAUGAUUCACACACUUGACCCACUUGCUGAAGAGCUUGGAUCAUAUGGAAACCUAAAAUAUUAUGACACAAUGACUGAAGAAGGAAAGUUCAAGGAAAGGGCCUCAAUUCUGCAUAAGAUCGCCAAAAAGAAGUGCCAGGUGGAAGACAGUGAAAGGCAGAAUGGAGCUGCUAAUCAUGAAAAAGGUGCAAAAGUGGAAGUUGCAGUAACACCACCAAGUGAUUCAGGACCAGUGCAAAAUGGAAUCGCCCAUAAUGUUGAAGAAGAGAAUGAAGAGGAUGAGGAGCAGCCUCUCAGCCUGGCCUGGCCUGAAACCCGACGCAAGCAGCUCACCUAUCUUUUUGUGUUACCCAUUGUUUUUCCACUGUGGGCUACCCUACCAGAUGUUAGAAAACCUACAUCAAGAAAAUUUUUUCCUCUCACGUUUUUCGGCUCUAUUAGCUGGAUUGCCUUCUUUUCUUACUUAAUGGUCUGGUGGGCACACCAGGUUGGAGAAACUAUUGGUAUUAGCGAAGAAAUCAUGGGACUGACUAUUCUAGCUGCUGGUACAUCCAUUCCUGACCUUAUUACCAGUGUUAUUGUAGCACGCAAAGGUCUGGGGGACAUGGCUGUGUCCAGUUCUGUUGGAAGCAACAUAUUUGACAUCACAGUGGGCCUUCCUCUUCCAUGGCUCCUGUAUGCUGUGAUUAACAGUUUUGCCCCGGUGGCAGUCAGCAGCAAUGGUCUGUUCUGUGCAAUUGUCCUCCUCUUCAUCAUGCUGCUCUUUGUCAUCCUCUCCAUUGCUUCCUGCAAGUGGAGGAUGAAUAAAAUCCUGGGUUUCCUCAUGUUUGGGCUUUAUUUUGUGUUCCUGAUUGUCAGUGUCCUCCUGGAGGACAAAGUGAUCCAGUGUCCUGUCUCCAUCUAGUGGAAAGUGCUCAACAAAAAAAACGCCAAAACAUAUAUAUUUAUUAAAGAAAAAAUAUGUAUAUCAAAACAAGACACCAAAAAAACCCACAGUGGAAAGCUUCACUGAGAAUAACCCAUGGAUCUGUGAAUUUCCUCUUCCUCGAUUUUAAAAGAGCAAACGAAAGAAGAUGACACAAAGGGUGGAUCUUGGAGCUGAGGAAUGACUGCUGCUGGACAGUGCAGUUACGCGUGAAGGGCUGAGUUCAGCUGCACCGAGGUUUUCUUUGCUGCACAGCAUCCUCGCUGUCCAGUACUGGGCAUGCUAUGCACGGACAGAAACAGUGACAGUUCCUGCUUCUCUUCGGGCUGCGGUGCAAACCCACAGACUUCUCGUUCUCUGUAGUUGUAUACACAGACACACAGUGUGCUCAGUUCUUAAGGCUCUCCUCUUCUAAGGAGAAUGCUGAUACUAACUUUGUGGAGGCACCGCCCCCCACACACCCUGGUACAGGAUUUUUCUGAUGAUCUGCUGAAACUCUUGAGUGGAAAGCAUAUACCAAGUACAUGAGUCACAGAUGGGGAAGAGCUUGUAUGUCUCUUCAUAUGAGUGGAUUUGUAUGAUGUGAUUUCAGCAAAGCCAGGGAAUUUAUCAGUGUUUUGAUCAUCUGCAUCACAGGUCUGUAAAGGCAAUCAGCAGGAUCUUAACGGUGGUUUUUUACGUCUUGCAAAACUCUUCAGGUUCCAGAAACUCUGUCUCUGGCACUGAAGGAGCCUCGAUGCCUGACCAUUUUGUAACUGGUGCAGAUUUUCAUUGCAUUCUCAUGCAAAGACCAGAAUGGGGAUACUCUUUCUUCUCUAAUAGCAACACAGCAUGCAACGACAUCAUACAGCUACGUGAACACACCAUUUUUUCUAAUGCAGCAAUAUUUACAGUAUCAAUGGCUUUCAGAUGCUGUUAUGAAUUUGCCUUUUCAUGCCAGAAUAAAAAGGCUAAUUUGCUUAUGCAUAGUAUAUAAUACAGAAAAUAGAAAUAAGUAGUUAUAAAGUGGCAGCCUAAUUGCUAAGUGAAUAUAUGUUUUACAGGCUUUCACUAUUACUUGGAGUGUAAGGACCUUCACAGCUACAUAUAGUUAUUGCUGGAAGAGAUCCCCAGUUGUUGUACAAAGCUGGGGCAGUUCACAUUUGCUGUUAUAAGUCUUGAAACUAGGUAGGAAAAACACAAUUUAAUUACAGUGGAGCUGCAGGAAGCUUACAUGAAAAUUGUUCAGUAUUGCUGGAAGUAUAAGUGUCUAAAGAAGCCCAGGAAGGAGUGAAAACGCAAUAUCCUUUUACUGAAAUAUUGAGAGAAGGAGAAGGUCCAAACCUAGAACAAAAAAAUGAGAAGGGAGAAAACAACUAAUGUUCAUCUUCCUUUUAGUUUGGAUGAUUGCUGAAAAAAAUGGGAGGACUGGAAUGGGUGUUAAGAAAUUAUUUCAAAUAAUCAUUUGUUUGUUCAAGUCUUUUGUGCAGUUAGAGUUCAUGAAGUUUCAGUGCAUUUCUGUGACCUGUUUCAGCAUUGUUUUAUAUGCAUAUUGUGCUCACAAUGGCAAUGUCAUGCUCACAGCUGUGUAACAGAAAGCUUAGCACAUUUUGUCUUGUCAGUUUUUCUCUGCUACAUGCUGUUUGUUUCUCACUCAUCUUCUUUGUCCUUUACUGUUUUCCUGUUUUAUCUGUUUGUGUGUAAUGGCAUAUGGUUAGAGAGUAAGGACUUGACAGAAAACAAUGGUAGAGAAAAAAGUACGAAAUUCAUGUUAGGAAUAUUAAUAUUAUAUAAUAUCAUGAAGAAAAAAGUGAGAUAAUAAUGAACAAAAUGAAGGAAACUAGGAGUUACGAUGUCUGCUACUCAUAUGCUGUUCUAAGAUAUUAAGUCCUAGCUACGUGCAGAAUCAGUAUUUGAUCUUAACCAAAAAUUUGCAACGUCUCUUGCUUUUUUAGUACUUUUUACAGUGAGCUUCUCUCAUUGUGAGCAAAAACUUGCCGUUAUAUUUAAGAUCUUUCAUUGCUCCAGAAUCCUUACCUGUCUUAACGAUAGUGCUACCCACCUCUUUAACAUUUGUUCCUGCGAGUGUACACGAUGGAAAGUAGGGUGUAUUUACAUACCUGCGGUGCCCUCUACUGACAGGAAAACAACCUUGCUUAAGCAAAUUAUAAACCAAAAUCUGAGCUCAAAAGAAAUGUGUCCCACAAUAUGCAGCUGACUCCACAGUAUGAUCUGUUCCAGAGGAGUCACCAAAUGCUUUUAUUUCUGAUGACAAUAGUCUAAACAUGCAAUCCUUUCCCAAAUGAGCAGAAUAAGACAGAGUGACCUAAAGGAGUGUGUGCAGGAUCAUGAGAGGGCUGUGUAUAUGGGAAUGUACAAAAUACUAAAAUGCCCAGAUUCACUGAUCUGACAUUUCAAAUAAAGAAACCAGACUGAAGUCUGAUCUCUGUUCAGUACAUUACUCCAUUA